AUGUCCAAACGAAAAUUCAGCAGCGAUGCGCCUCUACCGCGCAAAAAGGCCAAAUUAGCCCAGGUCCAUGAAUUCGAAGAAUACAAUCAUCUCGCAGCCCCAUCACCGCCAUCAUCACAAACGACACCCUCACGGCGCGAGAAACGCAAGAGGACGAACUCUUCACAUAUUGAUUCCGACGACGAGCCGAGUGCGAAGCGGGCCAGAAUAGACCAGAGCUCAAACGACGCCUCAGGCCGUUCACGCAGCUCAUCUCCAGAACCAUGGCCGAGCAUCGGAUAUGCGCCGGAAGAAGAAAAGGAACCGAAUCCCUUGGUGGAAGAAUUCUACAAAUCAUGCACAGAGACAGAGGUGGCAUGCAGCUGCCAACCACAAACGAUGUAUCGGAAUCCAUUGCCUAGCCCAGAACCUUCAGAAAGAGACACCAGCGACAUUGAAGCGAUCGAGCAAACAAGCAUUCACACCGCUCAUCAGAUGCAAUGUCCUGUAUCGAAGCCACAACCAGUGUCUCCACCAAUUGUCAGUUCCCCUAGGAAGAAAAACCGAAACUCGCGUCGGCGAAUCGAAAGACGCAGCCCGGCAUCAUCCCAUCAGGAACAGUCUCGACAGCAACGACGCAAGAAGAAGAAUGAGAAUCAGGGUCCGCAACGAGAGGGAAAACCUACGCCCACAGUCGAAGAAUUUCUGCAGUCAAAACGAUCUUCCCGGAGAGACUCCAAGUGCGAAUUGUGGUAUCUUAGCGACAACGGCAUGGCAAGCGCAGUUAGAAGCAUCAGGCGGUGA